UCACCCCUCCCAUUUCCCUUCCCUACCUCGGUUCAAAUCACCCACGCCGCCUCAAACUCGAGCUCGAGCCCGUCGGAGAAGCUCCUCCUCGCCCACCGUCGCUCUGACCGAUCCAUCGUCAUGUCUCCCGUGGUAGUCGACCCAUCCAGGGCCUCGGCGUGGGGUCUUUGAUCCGAGCGACGCCGGCACAGACGAUCGACGGCGCGCCUCCCCUUCACCGCAGGCGGCAUGAGGCGUUGACCGGUCGGAGCGGCCGGGGGCGCUGUGCUGGCUCGAUGUCGCGGCGCCACGGACGGUUCCACCACGGCGCCGGCGGCGGAGACGGGGACCAAGGCGCUGGGCCGGCCGUGGUCGACCACGCGGACUGCACUGCGCAGUCGUGCCGCUCCUGCGUGGCGGUGUCGCUGGCGGACUGCAUCGCGCUGGGCUGCUGCCCGUGCGCGGUGGUGAGCCUGCUGGGGCUGGCGCUCGUCAAGGCCCCGCUCGCCGUAGGCCGCCGCUGCGUGCAGCGGCUGCGCCGGCGGCAUGGGAAGCUGCAGCACAAGAAGCGCGUGCGCGACAUGGACCUUGCGGGCGGCCGCCCUGGCCCUAGCGCCGCUGGCGCCAAGUGUGCGGGCGGGGGCGGCCACCGGGAGCCUGGUCCCGGCGAGGCCGCGUCAAAAGGUGAGGACGACGUGGCGACGGCGGCGUAUCAGGGCGCGGCCGCGAGCGAGGAGGAAAGGGUGUGGCUGGAGAUGUACCAGGUGGGGCAGUGGGGCUUCGGCCGCUUGUCCUUCUCCGUGAACCCGCCUCCGAAGGCCGGCCGCAACGCCGACGGCGACGGCUGCGAAAGCGACGUGUGAGAUGGCCAAACCGUCCGCCCGCCGAUGCUUCGCUGCUUUUCCGUACGGUCUGUCCCUGUCGCUGAGGCACGGACGGCGCGCCGGCGACAAGUCAGAAUUCCAUCGUGCUGGCCGUCCGGCAUUCGCAUUUCUCUGGCCAAAAGCCAAGGGGGAGCAGAGCACCGAGAAAUACUUCCAUGGCUCGCUGAUGUCCAGCAGAUGAUCCAACGCAAAAAUCGUUGGGGAUGAUUAGGAGAAGCGGCAGCAUGGUGUCCUGGUCGACUGCUUGGGAGCCUCGUGAUCAUGUGCUCCCUGCUAGAAGAGCUCAAUCACAAUGGUGAGCCGGGACAGGCCUUCGGCUCCUGCCUUGUCGAGUGUUCAUUCUUUCUUCUGUGUCUAUGGGUUUGGGGAGCUCGAUUUGUACUUAUGAAAAUUGUACAUAAUUUGUGCCUUCGAGGUCUCUAGAUUUCUCCCUUUGGGAAUCCCCUCCCUGUAUAUAUUUCCGGGAAAGAUUAAGAGUUCUUUUUUUUU